GGAAGUCGUAGUGCUCCUGACGUCGACAUAAGGAAUGCUGGGUAGCUCUGUCUUUCCUUUCCGGCUGCCGACGCAUUAGUAAGUCACCAUGGGUGCGUACAAGUACAUGCAAGAGCUAUGGAGGAAGAAGCAGUCAGAUGUGAUGAGGUUCCUCUUGCGUGUUCGAUGCUGGCAGUACCGCCAACUGUCUUCUCUCCACCGUGCUCCACGUCCUACACGACCAGACAAGGCUCGCAGACUGGGUUACAAAGCUAAGCAAGGAUAUGUUAUUUACCGUAUCCGGGUUCGCCGUGGAGGUCGCAAACGUCCAGUACCCAAGGGUGCAACUUACGGAAAGCCUGUGCAUCAUGGUAUUAACCAGCUCAAGUUUGCCCGUAGUCUGCAGUCUACUGCUGAGGAGCGUGCUGGCCGUCACUGCGGUGGGUUGAGAGUUCUUGCCUCUUACUGGGUUGGUGAAGAUUCAACAUACAAGUUCUUUGAGGUCAUUCUAAUUGAUACUUUCCAUAAGGCCAUUAGACGCAACCCAGACACCCAAUGGAUCACAAAACCAGUGCACAAGCACAGGGAGAUGCGUGGGCUGACAUCUGCUGGCAAGAAGAGCCGUGGUCUGGGCAAAGGCCACAAGUUCCAUCUCACAAUCGGUGGUUCUCGUCGUGCUUGCUGGAGAAGGCGCAAUACUCUUCAGCUCCACCGUUAUCGCUAAAUCUGAUUGUACUUGUAUAUUUCACAUUAAAAGUCUGCAAAGACUAUAGUGAGCGUU